AUGGCCAUCCCUCUUCUAGCUUCUUCAAGCUCUUCUAGCUCUUCUAGCUCUUCUAACUCUUCAACCUCUUCUAUCUCUUCUAUCUCUUCUAGCUCUUUUAGCUCUUCAAGCUCUUCUAGCCCUUCUAGCUCUUCUAAAUCUUCUAGCUCUUUUAACUCUUCCAGCUCUUCUACCUCUUCUAUCUCUUCUAUCUCUUCUAGCUCUUCUAUCUCUUCUAUCUCUUCUAGCUCUUUUAGCUCUUCAAGCUCUUCUAGCCCUUCUAGUUCUUCUAACUCUUCUAGCUCUUUUAACGUUUCUAACUCUUCUAAUUCUUCUAGCUCUUCUAGCUCUUCUAGCUCUUCUAGCUCUUCUAGCUCUUCUAGCUCUUUUAGCUCUUCAAGCUCUUCAAGCUCUUCUAGCUCUUCUAGCUCUUCUAGCUCUUCUAGCUCUUCUAACUCUUCAACCUCUUCUAUCUCUUCUAUCUCUUCUAGCUCUUUUAGCUCUUCAAGCUCUUCUAGCCCUUCUAGCUCUUCUAAAUCUUCUAGCUCUUUUAACUCUUCCAACUCUUCUACCUCUUCUAUCUCUUCUAUCUCUUCUAGCUCUUCUAUCUCUUCUAUCUCUUCUAUCUCUUCUAGCUCUUUUAGCACUUCAAGCUCUUCUAGCCCUUCUAGUUCUUCUAACUCUUCUAGCUCUUCUAACUCUUCUAGCUCUUUUAGCUCUUCAAGCUCUUCAAGCUCUUCAAGCUCUUCAAGCUCUUCUAGCUCUUCUAGCUUUCUAGCUCGUCUAACUCUUCUAGCUCUUCUAACUCUUCUAGCUCUUUUAACUCUUCUAGUUCUUCUAGCUCUUUUAGCUCUGUCUGCUCUAAGAGCUCUUCUAGCUCUUCGAGCUUUUCUAACUCUUCUAGCUCUUCUAACUCUUCUAGCUCUUUUAACUCUUCUAGUUCUUCUAGCUCUUUUAGCUCUGCCUGCUCUAAGAGCUCUUCUAGCUCUUCUAGCUCUUCUAGCUCUUCUAGCUCUUCUAGCUCUUCUAACUCUCCAACCUCUUCUAUCUCUUCUAUCUCUUCUAGCUCUUUUAGCUCUUCAAGCUCUUCUAGCCCUUCUAGCUCUUCUAAAUCUUCUAGCUCUUUUAACUCUUCCAACUCUUCUACCUCUUCUAUCUCUUCUAUCUCUUCUAGCUCUUCUAUCUCUUCUAUCUCUUCUAGCUCUUUUAGCUCUUCAAGCUCUUCUAGCCCUUCUAGUUCUUCUAACUCUUCUAGCUCUUCUAACUCUUCUAGCUCUUUUAGCUCUUCAAGCUCUUCAAGCUCUUCAAGCUCUUCAAGCUCUUCAAGCUCUUCUAGCUCUUCUAGCUUUCUAGCUCUUCUAACUCUUCUAGCUCUUCUAACUCUUCUAGCUCUUUUAACUCUUCUAGUUCUUCUAGCUCUUUUAGCUCUGUCUGCUCUAAGAGCUCUUCUAGCUCUUCGAGCUUUU